AUGGUCCGUUACCUGAUAGAGAAUGACUCACGACGUUGUGAAACUGACACCGCUUCGGCGCGACUCGGCCCACCACCACCGCGUGUAGUCGGCAGUGUCAGUGUCAGUGUAGGUACAGACUCAGCGCGACUAGAGGUGUCAUCGCUGUGUUACCUGUUACUACCUGAAGAGGUGUCAUCGCUGUGUUUCCUGAUACCAAACGAAGACUUAAGGUGCCAUCGCUGUGUUCCCCUUUCGGUAACGGGUCCUAAGGACGUUGUUCGUGGUCGCGAGUGUGUUCCCCGGACCUGUUCUACCACGACUAGGCGAUUGUCGCGUCUCCGACGAUGGAGGACCCUCGGGUCUUCAGUGACAGCGGCCAUUGUCGCCGACAGUUGCAAAGACAUGGAUUACAGUUGCCACAGCAUUUCCGACAGUUGCCACAGCAUGAAUGACAGUUGUCACAGCAUAAAUGACAGCUGCAACGGCAUUUCCGAAAGUUGCAACGGCAUGAAAGACAGUUGCGAAGAGAUGUCCGACAGUUGCUACAACCAGUUGCCGUCAUGUUUGUUCUAUGUGCACCACAAGUGGGAUCCAUCCCUUCUACACACAAAGAUACCCGUCGCUACAUGGAGACUGGCCGAGAUAGAGUUCUUCUCCACCAAAAUACCCAUAGCCAAGUGGCGUUUGAAGGAGUUUUAUAUGGAAAAGAAGAACAAAGUGUACCGUGGCACAGCCACAUCCUUUGGUUUCAAAAAGCCUGCCCUAGCCUCAACUAACAACAACAACCCCAUAGGUCUUCCUCCGCCCGUACCCAACAACCAAGACAAUGACUCUACCACACGAACAGGGACUCCACGUUUGGCUCGACCUAAAAAAGAAACCAACAGCAUCAAUGCAAGAACAAAUCGCUUUGGUUUCAGACCCCCUCCAACCAUGUCAAAUAAAGUGGCUGAUUCACAAAACACAAAAGCCAACCUUAGGCUGGAAGGCCUUGUCAAGGAAGAGGCAGUCAAGACGCACAUCCCCCGUAUCUCGCAGCUGCCCCGCCCACAGUUCCCUGUGAGACUAGCCACCCCCGCUGGCUACCACAGCCGCACCGCUUCAGCUGACAAGUCGGCUAAGACAGCAGCCAACAACAACACAGCACGGCGCUCACGCUCUGAAAAUGGCGGAUCUUCUGCGUCUUCUGUAAACGAUGCAGACUCGGGAGUGAGCAGCCAGAGAAGUGGAAAUGAGCUGGAGAUGAUAGAACAACUGGAGUGUAGUCCGUCAGCCAGGAACAGGCUUAGGAAAGCUCAGAAAUCCCGUCCAAUGGAGAUGAUCUUCCCGAACGGAAAUGAGAAGAAGUUUGAGCUGCGUGACAUGCAAGGCUCAAUAGAAGUAACGGAGAUCCUGCCUCUGGAGCUGCCACCGCUGCCGAUGUCCAAGAGACUCAUGCCUCGCUACGACAGACUGAGCAGCAGGGAGAGUGGCAGCUCGGAGGAUGACGAGGGUAUAGACGAAGAGAGCGGGGAGGAGAAGCUGCACAGAGAUCGAGUGCUGAGUGAGAAGGAUGAGAAGGGUGUGGUGGGGGCGGGAGAUGAGCCAGCAGGGGAGGUAGAUGACCUGUGGGGCCACGGGGAGGCGAUGGUAGGAGAGGAAGAUCUAACCAACAGUGGACAGGAGUCUGACCCUGGCCCCGAGAUGACGCCACCGCUGCGCUCGGUGCUGCUCUCUAUCGAGGACCACUCGUUUGCCGCGCUCGCUGCCAUGUCCUCGUCGGCCAUGUUGGAAGACGAAUGCUAUCCUGAACUCCCGGACUUCCAGAACAGUCUCAGUCUGACAAGCACGUCAAAUGUCACUAGUCCUAAUGAAUCUCCACCGCAAGAGCAGCAAGAGAAAAAGAAUGAUGACAGCCCCGGCACUCCUGGUACACCAACUCAUACCUCUAACUCUCUGAGUCUCUCAUCUGACAUCCGGGACAGAGACUUCAUUGAUGAUGAGAUCUGUGACCAGCCUGGCCUAGUGUACAACAAUAUGACAGCCAACAGUUCAGGAAACACCCUGGUGGCUGAUGCUCCCUCUCCUAGACCUCUCAAACCUCUGAGUGCAGCAAUAGCCAACCUGACAAUAGAUUGCAACUCUGGCCGCCACAGCUCUGUUGGUACUCUGUCUCCUUGCGAGAGCAUUGCAUCUGAUGAUCUCAUCAUGGACUAUGACAUCAGUGCUGUUGAGGAGGAUCACAGACUGGACACGAGCAGUGUGGAUGCUCCGUUGUCGGAUGUGGAGGGCGAGGGGGAGGUGGAUGAAGACUUUGAUUUAGCAGUUCAGGAGCUCUCCAUGCUAUCCAACAGGCCUGACGUGCUCGAAGGAACCUGGCUUAUGAAUGGGGUCCGAGCGACACGUCAGUUAAGAGCUCGUGUUGGCAGCAGUGGGAGUGGAGCAGACUCGCCACGAUCUCUGGACACCCCGCGCUCAGCUCUGCGCUCUCUGUCAGCACUCUCUAGCCCUCUGCGCUCAUCUAGACAGGGUACCAGUUCACCUGGUGAAGAUCUCAGUGAAGACUCUGGUAUCAGAGUACAGAGAGUCACGUAUCAGUCCAUGUACCAAGACGUCAUCAACAUCAAAGCGCUGCUGCUCAAACUGUCCAGAGUUAUGCAAGAGAAUGAGAAUGAAAGUGCCAAUGAAACAACACAAAAGAAUGGGUUCUGUUCUGAUGGCUCAGUUGAUCACAAGAACGACUCGUUACUUCAUGAGAAGAUCGCAGAUCUCGAGCGCCAGGUGGUGUUUCUCCAGUCUCAGAAGGAGGAGGCAGAGAGGACGAUCCGCCAACUACAAGCAUCACAUCCUCCUCCGCCUGAGCACCGAGGGACAGUCGACACAUGCAACGCCGCCACCCAGACAGAGAGAAUAAGGCCGUUGUCGACAGGUCCCAUCCUAUCAACCCAACCUGACUCUGCUGGUGGUUCCUUAGUUAGCAAUGCGAGUGACUCAACACGUCAAGUAACACAAAUCCUCCAACCGCGGCCGGUGAGUCGUCUGCCGCAGUGGCGACGCCCCUCCAGCCCCUCCUCCGAUCUUCACCGAACACUCAACAAAAAAACGUAACAAUAACUUAACUAUCCACGGAAAACAUCAGCUUUACUAUUCUCAAUAAUUUUGUUCUAAGAGCAAAAAAAUAUUUGUAAGAUCUUUACUUUCUAUUCCACUUAUUGACACCAUGUGUUAAGUUCUUGUAAAUGAUUCAGAAUAAACAAUCAUCAAUUGUAGCUUGUUAAUGUUUAUGUUAUUUUUUGUUAGGAGGAAAUAGAUUGUUAUGUAACUUUAUACGGCAUAAUAGGUUGUUAUUCAAUAUUCCUUUAGAUGACAAUGUGAUAUGCAGGAAUAAAAGUAAAAGGAAUAUUUUCGAGUGUAUAUUUUUGUAGAUGUUUUUUCAAUUAUUCUUUAGAAUGAGUGUGCAAUAUUUUUUUUCUAUUAGCAUAAGUGCUAUUUUGUAACUACAGUUUUUAAACUUAACACAUUGGUUACCACUUCAAAAUACAUUCAACCUAUACCAAAAUAAAUACAAAACGUGGUAAAAGGUCCAUAUUACUUUUCUUUCACCAUUUUUUGUAUAUAUUUACUCCUGUGUGUGUAAGUACAGUAUUAUAGUUUGAAUGUGUUUGAAGUGGUAUAAAAUGUUUUUGUUUGAAAGCUGUCUUUAAUUUUGUAUCCUGGAUGUUCCUUGAAAUAUGUUUAUAAUCUGAUCUCUGAAAAAGAAAUUAGCGGUCAUUAACUUUUAUUGUUUACACGAGUCAAGUAUAUUGUAAUGUAAAUAAAGAUCUAGGAAAACUCAUUGUAGGCUACACUGAUAAUCUCUUUUUUUAUUUGUGUGUUAGUAGCAGAAAUUAAUUUAAAAAAUACAAUAUAUUUUUUGUGUAAAAUUUACAAUUUACUAAAAUAUUAUUUUGAUUUGUUUUGUAAGAGACAUAAGGAGAACACAAUGAAGAAAAUAGUUUACACUAUGUUUUAAUUAAUUAUCACGUAAAAGCUUCUUUUUUUUUUCUUAAAUGUACAACAAUGUAUAUUUUUUAACUUUUCUAACUUGCAGCAUAAUUUGUUUUACCAGUAUAACAACAAUAGUAAGAAAAUGUUUUGUUUAUAAUAAUUAGUUAUUUUUCUUAACAAUUAAAAACGUAUUUGAAAAAUGUAUGAGCACAAUAAAUUGUUAUUGAUUCUUGUGAAUUCCAUGAACUUAUUCCUCCAUAGCCUACAUUUAAUUUGAAACAACUGUAUGUAAUAUAUCAGAAGGGUAGUUAUGUCCCUUGGCUGUGCCUGGUAGUGUAGUUUGUAUCUUUUAGUUGUUUAAGUUGUGUUUUAAUACUUAAUGUGUAUAUUUCAUUUUGUACUUUUUGUAUGAUUUAAAAAAUCUGGUGAUAUGUAAUUCGUGUUAUUUAUUUCUUUUUGAAUUUGUGAAUAAAACAUAUGGUUUAGAAACUA